CAGCAGAGGAGUACUUCAUUCACAUUGACAUUAUUUUGACAUCCUCUAGAUCUGACAGUAUUUUGUGUCACACUGUCACUGAAAGAAAGGCACUGGGUUAUGCGAAUGUGAGUAGUUUUCGGUCUAGUUUUAGAUUAAUAAUUAGUUUAUACACAGCUGCUCGCUUAAUUUACUCCGACCUACUACUAUGGACGAGCUAUCAAGCUUGGAAAGUAAACAUAGAAAGGAAAAGAAAGAACUACAAGCACAACUCCAAGCAUUAAAGAAAGCCGCAAAGAAUGAUAAAACUAAAAAGAAGGAACUUGCUGCAGAAAUUUCUAAAUUAGAGACCGAAAUGGACGCUAGACAUAAACAAGAGCUUGAAAGUAUACAGAAAGAUACGGAAGAGGUUACAGACUCUGUUAUUAAUAUUGAAAAUGAGGUUGCAAAAGUAAAGAUAUCGAAGGCUCAAAAACGUAGAGAUAAGAAGUCAUUACAAGAGAAGGAAAGAGAAGAACAAAUUAAACAACAAGAACAAGAAAACUUGCAUGGCCCAAGAAACAUGGAGUUGCAGGAAAUUAGUGUGAAGUUAAAAGAGAGAGGACUAGAGAUAUUCCUCAUUCCUUCCGAUGGAGACUGUUUGUACAAAGCAAUUGCUCACCAAAUGUUAGUAACAAAAAGGAAAGAAGUGUCUGUAGAAGAACUAAGAAAAAAUGUAUCAGAUUAUAUCCGGGCUCAUAAAGAUGAUUUUAUUCCAUUCAUGAGUAAUCCUGACACAUUUGAAAUGUUGACCGAUGAUGAAUUUGAAGAAUACUGUAACAAAAUAGAGAAUACUAAAGUGUGGGGCGGCCAGUUAGAAAUUAGGGCAUUAUCUAACCUUUUAAAGUGUCCUAUUAGUGUUUUACAAGCUUCUGGACCUAAUUCUAUAGACCAAGGAACAGAAUUUGAGGGGACACCCCUAAUUAUAACAUAUCAUAGACACAUGUACAGGCUAGGUGAACAUUACAACUCUACAGUGGGUAGCUCUAAAAGUGUAGCUGAAGAUUAGACUUUUAAAACAAGGUUUUAUGUUAUAAGCUCCUUAAUUAUUGUAAUUGUUUAUUUUUAUUACUUUAUGUAUCUCUGUAAAACAAUAGCUUUCUUCAUUGCUGAAUAAUUAGCUUAUGUAAAUAAUCUAUGUAUUUCUCAUAUUAUAUUUUUUUACAUGG